AUGGCGCAGUCGAAUGGUCAAGUAGUUCCUGCUCCGUCGCCACUAGAUAUUAGUGAACCAAGUAUGGUAAUACGUAAUUUAAGGUUAUUUAAGUCAAAAUUUCAACUUUAUUUAUUGGCCAAUGACUUAGAGGAAAAGUCAGAUAAACUCAAAGUUGCAAUACUUUUAAGUGUAAUUGGUGAUGAAGCAUAUGAGUUUUUAGAAUCUAUCAAUAUUACUAGUGAUAAUAAUCCUGGCUGUGUUAAAAAAAUAUUUCAUGAAAUACAACAGUAUUAUGAACCUAAGGGUAAUGUAAUAAUUGAACAAUUAAAAUUUUUCCGUCGUUAUCAGGAAGAAGGGGAAGCGUUUGACAAAUUUUUAAGAGACAUACGCAAUCUAGCCAAACGCUGUGAGUUUGGUAACCUGGAAGAGAAUAUGGUACGAAUCAGGCUAGUACUGGGUGUCAAAGACUUGGGUCUACAAGAAAGACUCCUAAGAGCACCAGAUCUUAGUCUUGAGAAAACUAUAGAUCAUUGUAAAUCCGCAGAAUUGGUUCGAUAUCAACAGCACUUAUUAACUGAUAAUGGAGGAUUAGUUGAAGAGAAAAAUGUUCAAAAAAUUUAUGGCGAUAAAUCGAAUAAUCUUAAAAUUGGAGGAAGCAGUCAAACUCAGCACAAGUAG